AUGUCCAAGGACCUGAUCCACUCCUCAAGCAGCACAGGGUCUUCCUCUCCAGCAAAGACGGGCGGCCUAUGCCCCGAAAAUAAACGACCCACGUCUCGAUUCCCGGCAGGCGGCGGUGGAGGAGGGUUGUUGUUGUGCAAGAGGGCGUCGCUAACGUCUGCGUCAGAUGUUGCAGGUUCUGGGCCAGUUGCUCAUUGGCGAUCACUGAGGCAUAAAAACAUUGAAUUAUCUCCUAUUGAUCUUGAAAUUGAGCGUACUUGCAGAAAAAACAGGGUACGAAGGCGGCUUGAUAUGGCUGAAAAUAAUAGAGUGGGUCAACUGGAUGACCCCGUACCACCAAUAGUUCCACCUCCUCAAAAUCAAGCAGCUCAACCACGUCUUCGUGACAUCCAAAGAUCGGUAAUAGCUAUUAACCCUUCUUGCAUUCAAUUAUCUUAUGCAACUAGAAAUUAUGAGCUCAAGACUUUCCAUCUGAAUAUGCUCCCUACCUUUAACGGUUUGGGAAGUGAAGAUGCUUUGGGUUUCAUGCGAGAGCUCUAUAGUACGUCUCUUGUAGAUACUGCUGCAGGUGGAUACACAGGUGAUAAAAAUAGUGAUGAAUUAGAAGCUAUCUAUGAGAGCUUAGCUACUAAUUCUCGACAAAAGGCAGUGAGAGGUCGAAGAGCUGCUGUGCAUGAAAUUAGCACACAAUCUGAGUUGACAACGCAAAUGGCUGAAUUGACUAAACAGAUUAACUUGUUGAUGACUCGUGAUAGUUCGAAUAGAGAAUUUUGUGCUUUUUGCAAUACAUAUGGUCAUAAUUCUUCUGUUUGUAUGAAUGCAGAGUCAUCACAAUCAUAUUAUGAGGAAGCUAAUUACAUGGGAUCCAACAUGGGUAGGCAACAACAAAGAAAUGAUCCAUUUUCUAAUACAUAUAAUUCAGGUUGGCGAAAUCACCCUAACUUCUCAUGGAGAGAUCAAGGUAAUGCAAGACCAAUGGAACCACCCGGAUUCCAGCAACAAGGACAAUCAGGAUUCCAGAAUCAGCAAUACAGACCUUUCCAACAGCCACCUGCACCACAACAGUCUCAACUUCCUGCUCAGGAGAAAAAGCCUCAAUUGGAGGAGAUGGAAGGAGCUAUGGCUGUCACGUUGAGAAGUGGUAAGAUAUUGAAUGAAAUUAUGAAAGAAAAUGAACCCACGAGGGUUGAGAAAGAGAGUGAUAAAGAAGAGGAUCAAGUGCCUAAAGAGAAUUCUAGUGAUCAAAACCUCACUUCCUCUACAGUAAAACCUUAUGUACCCCCCAUUCCAUAUCCACAAAGGUUACAAAAGAGGAACCAGGAUAAUAACUUCAAAAGAUUCUUAGAGGUUUUUAAAAAAUUACAAAUUAAUAUUCCUUUUACAGAAGCACUUGCCAAUAUGCCAUCUUAUGCCAAGUACAUUAAGGAAAUUGUGUCGAAUAAAAAGAAAUUGGAAGAGUUUGCUACUGUGCACCUAAAUGAGGAGUGUAGUGCUGUUUUGCAAAGCAAAUUACCUCCUAAGUUAAUGGAUCCAGGGAGUUUUUCUAUUCCUUGCACUAUUGGUAAUACUGUUAUUGAUAAAUGCUUAUGUGAUCUAGGUGCUAGUAUUAACCUUAUGUCUUUAACUCUUUUCAAGAAGUUGGAAAUAGCUGAAAUGAAGCCAACAACAAUCUCUCUUCAACUUGCUGAUAGAUCAGUCAAGUACCCGCUUGGAGUAGUGGAGGAUAUCUUGGUAAAAGUUAGUAAAUUUUAUUUUCAUGCUGAUUUUCUGAUUUUGGACAUGGGUAGUGAUACAGAUACAUCCCUUAUACUUGGUAGGCCAUUUUUGUUAACAGGAGGAGUAUUAAUUGAUAUGCCUUUAGGGAAACUGAUUUUUAGAGUAGGAACAAAAAAAGAGGAAUUCUCUAUCUCUAAAGCUGUAAAAUUACCAACUUUUGAUGAAUCAUGUAUUUUUGUUGAUGUUAUUGAGAAACCUUCAGAAGAAGAAUUUGUUAAGCAUUCACCUAGCUAG